AAUAGUUUUAGCAAACGAGAAUAAUGUGCUGGAAAAAACGAUGUCGUUUUAGUGACUCGAGAUUCCCCCACCUAUGAUUAGGGUAAUAUCGGACCGCCGUCCUCGGAGAUUGGAAGCCGACGAGAAUCAGCAGAAAACCCUUUCAUCAGAUUGGCGUAAAGAGUGCCGUCGGGAAGCACCAGCGGAGAUUGGUGGUGAUCUCUAGGUGAGUUCUUUCUGUUAUUCAUCCAUUCUGUCUCACUAUGUUCAGCUAUCAAUGGACCAAAAGGCUGCAAUUACUCCUACUUCCAUUAAGAUAUUCGACUGCCCAUUCGAGAUUCUUGAACAACCAUCAACCUUUUACUGUCAUCAAAUCGUUUUCGUCGAGUAAUGAGAAGAAUUCAAUAGCUUGCCAGGAAGAUAAAACUCCGCCAUUUACUGUGUGUUACCUCGUAAAUACAUUCGGAUUUCCCUUAGAAACUGCUAAAUUCUUGUCGACGAGAGUCCAUUUUGAGAAUUCUGAAAGACCAGAUUGUGUCGUUCAAUGUCUCAGAAAUAAUGGACUCACCGAUAAGCAUCUCUUAAAACUCGUCAGGUCGUUCCCAACUGUGCUUGUAGCUGACCCAGAGAAGAGAAUCUUGCCCAAACUCGAGUUUCUUAGGUCGAUAGGUGUUUCAGGAAGCGAUCUGGCAGAUGUUGUCUCUUUUGGGGGGAAUAUCUUGGAGCGUAGCCUGGAUGAGAAAAUCAUCCCCUUUUAUAAUACCUUGAAGAACUAUCUCAAAGAUGAUGACAAGAUUCUCAGUGUUUUGAAGUGUAAAAGUUUUGUCCGUGGCAAGUCUAUGUUUCUUGCUCACAACAUCUCAACCUUGCAACGGCUUGGAGUUCCCAAAUCAUCGAUUACGUUCCUGCUUACCUAUCAUCCCAGUGUACUGUGUAGCAGUGACGAAAAGUUUAAUAGAGAGGUCGAAAAGGUUGUGGGAUUUGGAUUUGACCCUUCAAGAACUAGUUUUGUCGAUGCACUUAGUACACUUUGUUCGAUAACUAGAGAGUCAUGGAUACGUAAAUCGGAGAUUUACAGGAGGUUGGGUUGGUCGGAAGAUGAGUUCCUCUCAGCUUUUAGAAGCUUUCCAAAAUGUAUGGAUUAUUCCGAGAAGAAUAUUACAAGAAAAAUGGAUUUUUUUGUAAACAAACUUGGUUGGCCUCCUGCAGCUGUUGCUAAAUUACCAUGUGUUCUGGGUUUGAGUAUGGAGAAGAGGAUAAUCCCUAGGAGUUCAGUGAUCGAAAUUUUGCUUAAUAAAGGGUUAAUCAUGAAAAAACCUGCUUUGUCAUCUUUGUUAACUAUUUCUGAUACAAGAUUUCGGGAUAGAUUUGUGGUUACAUACCAGGAGCAGGUGCCGCAACUGCUUGAUAUUUUUCAAGGGAAAGUGAAACUUGUCAAAUUUUGCGGUGAAUCUGACGGGAUAUCUGAGGUUUAACUAUUUUUCGCCUGAAUCUUCUUAGUUUCUUCUCGAUGCUAAUGAUUCUUGCUGUUUUAUUUGUAUUGAAUGUGGAGAAUCUACUUCCUCAACAUACCGGUCUUGUCUAUGCUGUGACUUUGUGAGUAAGUCUUGUUUGUUAAUUAUUCUAUCUCCUGUUGUUUUUGUUCUAGAAAUCUAAUUUUUGAAAUAUAUGAAUGGCUCAUGUUGAUUGAACAAAAGCAUUAAGCAUGCACAUCUCAGUGAAUAGACCAAGGUACCGAAAAUGAGGUUGUUCCUCGGCUUUC